AUGUCUGACGCUCUUCCUGAAAUGCAGUACCGCCAUCUUGGCCGGACUGGACUGAAGGUUUCUGUUAUCUCGUUGGGUAGUUGGCUCACAUAUGGUGGCCAUGUGGGAAAUGAGACUGCAUUCGAAUGUAUGAAGGCCGCAUAUGACGCUGGCGUCAACUUUUUCGAUACUGCCGAGGUUUACUCUGCCGGUCAAUCUGAGAUUGUCCUUGGUCAGGCAAUUAAGAAAUUUGGAUGGAAGCAGAAUGACCUAGUCAUCUCUACAAAGAUUUACUGGGGUAGAGCCAACGGCUCCAACCCUGAUAGACCACUUAACAACGUCGGUCUCUCAAGAAAGCACAUCAUUGAGGGAAUGAAUCUCUCACUCCAGCGUCUGGACCUACCAUACGUUGACAUUGUCUACGCUCACCGUCCAGACCGUGACACACCCAUGGAGGAGACCGUUCGCGCCUUCAACUACCUUAUUGAUACCGGCAAGGCCUUUUACUGGGGUACAUCUGAGUGGUCCGCUAGCGAGAUCGCGGAUGCAUGGCGCGCUGCCGAUAAGCUCGGUCUCGUUGGACCUGUUGUCGAGCAACCACAAUACAACGUUCUUGUUCGCGAGCGCGUUGAGAAAGAGUACCGCUGGCUGUACGAGGCCUACGGUACUGGGUUGACUAUUUGGUCUCCUCUGAAGGGUGGUGUGUUGACUGGUAAAUACAAUGGUACCUCUGCGCCACCUCCAGGCUCUCGGUUGGCUGAAUCGGAAGAUGGAUUUGUGAAGAGCCUGCGAAAGACUGUUGGUGAUGAUAACUGGACUCGACACUUGGAGCAGACCGCAGCUUUGAAGCCUAUUGCUGAUGACUUGGGUAUCACUACCACUCAGCUGGCUUUGGCUUGGGUUUUGAAGAACCCAAAUAUUUCUUCUAUGAUUACUGGUGCCUCGCGCCCUGAGCAAGUGCGCGAUAAUGUGCGGGCUUUGGCGGUUAUUGAGAAGUUGACUGAUGAGGUUAUGGAGAAGAUUGAUGAGGCUGUUGGAAACCGACCUGUUGAGGAGAAGCGUCGCUUCUAA